CGCCUUUGGCUGAUCGCUUAUCGAUAGGCCGGCCCCGUAUUUUCCAGCAGGAGGAGAAAAAAAAAAAUGUUCUGGGACGGUCUGUUAUCAUCAGCCCAGAGCCAACCACCUGCCAUCUUCCUCUUUUCCUCCCCUCCCCCCCCUCCCCCAUCUCCGUAAACCCAUAUCCCACACCUUUCCUUCUCACCACAGUCAGUCGCAAACAUGGUGAAGAGGAAGUUGGGAGCCUUGGAAAAGGUUGAGGCAGACUUGCCCAAUCUUCAACACAAGAUCAGAAGGGAUCCCAAGUCUUACAUUGAGGAUUUCCGCGCUCAGCACUACCAGUAUGAGAGUCACCGCGAAAUCUUCAUGGCAGCGCCGUCGUCGGCCACCGAUACAGGUAUCAUUUCGCUGCGGGAAUUGAUCGAUUUCAUCGCUCACGUGGCCGACUGCUACCCUGAGAUCACAAAGGACUUCCCCCAGCAGCUCAUGGAUAUCCUGACGCAGCAUCACUUGAUCUUACAGUCGGAGUUGCGGGAGAAGAUCGUUGGAAGUUUGGUACUUCUGAGAAAGAAGGAACUUCUGGAUUCCGCGACACUCCUCCAGACGCUGUUCCCUAUUCUCAUCUCCACGCCUAGCAAGACGCUGCGCGCAUUGCUCUUCCAGAAGAUCCUAAUGGACCUGCGAUCCUCCAACGCAAAGGCCACGAAUCAUAAACUCAACCGCACCAUGCAGACCGUCCUCUACAACCUGGUCACUUCCGACCGCACCUCGUCCAAGGGCCUGUGGGCUAUCAAACUUACGCGCGAACUGUGGAAGCGCCAGAUCUGGACUGACGCCAAGGCCGUUGAGGUCAUGAAGGAGGCCAGUCUUGCCACCAACGAGAAGGUCAUUGUCGGCGGCGUGCGGUUCUUCCUCGGGGGAGAUAAAGAGCGUGAGGAAAUGGAGGACGAGAGCAGCGACGAAGAGGCCAUCGAUAUGGGCCGAGUCAAGCAUAUCGUCGGCAUCAACAAGAAGACCAAGAAGAAGGCUCGUGCAGUCGAGAAGGCCAAGGCCACAGUCAAGCGACGUGAGCGCAAAAAGAACGCACCCCACCCGCUGAACUUCUCGGCGCUCCACCUCUUGCACGACCCUCAGGGAUACGCAGAGAGCCUGUUCUCCAGGCACCUACAGAGCACCAAGUCGAAGUUGAAUCUGGACCAGAAGCUGAUGGUGCUCCAGCUUGUGACUCGCCUCGUCGGUCUCCACAAGCUUCACAUCAUGCACCUGUACUCCUACUUCCAGAAAUACCUUACGCCCCGCCAGCCCUCUGUCACUUCCUUCUUGGCUUCCCUUGCACAGGCCUCCCACGACCUGGUGCCUCCUGAUGACCUCGAGCCCCUGGUCCAGAAGAUCGCCAAUGAGUUCGUCUCCGAGGCCUCGGCCGCCGAAGUCGCAUCAGCAGGUCUCAAUGCGAUCAGAGAAAUCUGCGCGCGGCAGCCUCUCGCGAUGAACGAGACCCUUCUGCAGGAUCUCGUUAUGUACAGGAAGAGUAAGGACAAGGGUGUGGUGAUGGCCGCGCGUGGUCUGCUCAGUCUGUUCCGCGAGCUCAACCCCGAAUGGCUCAAGAGACGCGACCGUGGCAAGGAAGCCUCCAUGGGUCUGCGGUCCGGAGAAAAGAAGGAGAAGCGCUUCGCAGAGCAAGCGGCUGGCGGUAUCGAGGGUAUUGAGCUGCUUGAGCAAUGGAAGGAAGAGGAGCGUCGCAAGAAGCGGGCCGAGAAGGGGCUGCCCUCGGAUGCGGAGGACGAUGAAGAGGAUGAGGAAGACAACUGGGACGCCUGGAACGUCGAGUCAGACGAAGACAGCGAUGACUCGGAUGGCUGGAUCCAGGUGCAGAGCGAUGCUGAGAUCGAACUGAGCGAUUCAGAUGACGACGACGAAGACUCCAAACGUCCGAAGAAGAAGGCCAAGUCGGACGACGAGACCGGCGCCGAGGCAGCCGCCGCCGCCGCCGCCGCCGAGGAGCCCAAGAAAGAGGAAAGCGAGCUAGACAAAAAGCUGAGUCUGGCCGCGACCCGCAUCCUCACGCCCGCCGAUCUGGCCAAGCUGCAGGAGCUGCGCACCGAGGCGGCCGUCAACGCGCUGGCCGGUGUCAAGGGCCGCCAGUCUGCCGGCAACCGCCACCACGACGACCCCCUCACGGCGGAGGAGAUCGAGGGUCUGGCGGCGCUGUCGGCCGGCAAGGCCACGCGCGAGGAACGUAUCGCGCACGCCAAGGAGGGCAAGCUCGACCGCUCCGAGCACAAGAGUGUCACCGCCAAGCGCAAGGAGAAGAAGGAGUCCCAGGGCAAGAGUACCACCAACAAGGAGAAGGCCCGCAAGAAGAACUUCCUGAUGACCCUGGGCAAGGCCAAGAGCAAGAACAAGCGCAGUCUGGUGCAGACCCGCGCCGUGCUCAAGGCCCACCAGGAGCGCGCCAAGCGUGGUGGCCGUCGGGGAAACACUGGGUCUUGAUGUAUCUCACGAUGAUACCCUUGUUUUUAUUCGUGAUGCUUUGGAAUCUACAUACAAUCUCUUUCUCUUUGGUCAUGAGGCGUUUAGUCCGAGUUCUCCGUAUAUUUGGAUCGUCAGUAAGCUAUAGAUACUAGUACGCAUGACUCUGAAGUCAAGAAAAG